AUGUUCCUCUCCAAGAAGGUAUUCUCAUUACGUCUAAAGAAUGCAGGACAUGUAGACAAUCUGGUUUGCAUCUAUGUACAGCAACACGGCUGUUCCGCUCAACAAGCAAUCGACAAAGUCGUGAAACUAAUAGAAGAGUGCUAUUUGGAAUUUCAGGCCUUGGAAAGCAACCUACUAGAUCUAGUCCCUGCGGCACAUGUUAGUGAGACUAAGCGUCUCGUUUCAGCAUGGAAAGAGUGCCGUGCUGGGUUGGCUAGCUGGCACUAUUCCACUAAGCGGUAUUACGGAGAUGUUGCUGGUAAUGCCGGAGCUAUCACAGUUCAGCUUUAA